GUCCACUUUGUCCGAGCCAGUUCUUGCCAGGGCCAGUGCCAGGACCAGGCCACAUCCUGAUUUGUUUCUCGAACCGGGCGCAGCAGAAGCAACGCGCUCGCGCACGCCCCCAAGCAAGAAGAAACGGGACGCCCCCCUCCGGGGAUAGGGAUGGGCUCCAGUGGGUUGACUACUAGUAAAAGGAUCUCCCCGUCGAUCGAGCCAGGGCGGGAGGGGACGAUAGAUAUUUUCUCGUCUUUGUGUGUGCAGUGCUUCGAGCCCUGCACCCCGCCGCAGAGAUGAUGAUGGCUUCUCACAGUAAGUCCUCUAAAGAGAGACGUGCCUCUACAAUCGGCUCUUUUUUCUCCCAUCGUUUCUCUACCUCUUCUGUGCCCACGCUCGACUCUACCCGGAACCCGUACGGACUGGACGGCGACGACGAGAAACGCAGCGGCAAGAUUCGAAAGCGACCGGAGGGCGAGGCGCUGCUGCUGAAGCGGGCUGAGACGGAUCGCCUUCCUCAGCGAGGACGUCCCCUGUCGGUGUUUGCUGCAGACUACCAUGCGCGCCAUUACCACGACCGCGACCCGUGGCACAGGGCCACGCCAGGCGAAGACCACCAGGCUCAGGCCCAGGCUCAGCAGACCCAGGCCUGCAACCACCUGGGGCUCGACAAAAACGACAGCCCGCCGCCAACGCCACAACAGCAACCACAACAGCAACCACAACAGCAGCAACAGCAACAACAGCAACAACAGCCGCGGCCGCACAGAUCGCAACGGCUGCAAAAACGGCCAGGACCUGAGCCAGUGCUCGGAGACGGCCGCCGCGGAUCCGACCACCAUGGCGCUAGGAUUGGGAGCCGGAAAUCACGGUCGGACGAUCGGCGCUCGGCAGACCCCAUCAGGCACUCGGCGCCGUCGCUCAGGUCUUUGCUCUUCUCCAAGAACGUCACUAAGCCUGCUGUUGCCGCAGCACCAGAAUCGGGCUCUGCCCUGCUUGCUUCUUCGCCAGCGCAGAGCCAGCAGAGCCAGCACCAGCAGAGCCAGCAGAGCCAGCAGAGCCAGCAGCCCAGAAGCCCCGAACGAGGCGUGCCAAUUCGCCGCAAGCCUGUCCCCACCGGCAGGCCCCUAUCGUUCCACAGCAGCCGCGACGCCCAGCUGGAGUCACAGCAGGCCACACCGUCGAAUCCCGCAGCUGUCGCCCAAGACCAUCAAGCUCCACGCACCGCCUUCUCCCCGACCACGACGGCCCCCUUCUCGCCCGUGCACAUCCGCGCCGUCGAGCCCCAGAACGACACUGACGGCGUCGAGCCGUACAUCUUCCUCAACCAGCAGCAGCAGCCGGACCCAUACCACUACCUCCAGCAGGACCCCUACCCAGACCACCACCAGCCUGGCCAGGCCCACCAGCCGUACGACCAGCUCCAGAACCAGCUCCAGAACCAGCUCCAGAACCAGCACCACCGUCAACCGUCCGAGCUCGAGCAGCUGCCACCAACGGACGCAAUGCCAAACCUUAUUAUCAAAUCCCACUCGACCGAACUCUUGAGCCCGCCGCCUCCUCCGCCGCCGCCCAAGGAGUUGCCGCCGCCGGUACCUCCACUGCCCAAGCAGCUCCCGGCAAAUGUGCCGCCCCCACCCACCCAGCAUCCGCCGCCGCCGCCGCCACCACCGCCUCCCGACAACGGCGCCGCCGCCCCGCCUUCCCGCCGGGGGUCCCUGCCCUUCUUCAAACCAACGCAGCAGCACGAUGCCGCCGCAUCGCCCGCCGACUCGCCCCAGUCACGCAAACUACAGUCUCGCCGCGUCUCGCCCUCCCCCGAGGCCAGGCCCAGGGGCAGGAGCGUCGGCGCCCACUCGCGCACAAACACCCUGACCAAGGCCUCGCCGCACCAUGUCGACGCGCCCCCGCUGCCCAUCGUCAGGCGUUCCAGCAGACCUCCCUCCCCGACGCACUCGAGCGACGGCGGUGCGCACAGCCCAGCCCGCGGCAGGGUUCGCAAGAGCUGGUUCCACGGCGGCCGCUUGCGCAACGGCUCCAACGACAAGAAGGAUGCCGCCGCCAAAAGCCAGGCAUGGAUCUUCACCACCGACACGCAGAGCCCCACGGCCGAUUACAACCCUAUCUUCCUGAACAACGGCGAGAAGGUCCCCGAGCUGUGGAACGAGGCGGGUGACGUCGUCGUCCACCUCUUCCCCAGGGCCAGCGGGCGCGGCCCUUCUUUCAGGGUGCCGGGCAUGAUCUUUGUCUACUCUGCCGUUUUUGACGACAUGUUGCAGGCCCAGGCUACGACUUCGCCCGUCAGCUCGCGUGGCAGGACCAAUAGUUUCAGCGGCCGCAACAGCCUGACGGCCGACGACGCGCGCCGUUCCAUCGUGUCGACUACCAGCACGCACUCGGCGGGCGAUAGCUUCGCUGAGCUGCACCUGUACGUGGCUGAUUCACCGACGUUAAGCCCUGCCGACAAGGAGGCGCCGCCGACGCCGGAGCGCUUGAUGGACAUGCGCAAUCUGGUGGCCUUCCUGACGGGCCAGCCGCUGGCGGGGACGCCGACGCACCCUACCGUCUUUGCCGUGCUGCUCCGCAUCGCUGGCCUCCUGCGCGAGUUUGAGUUCCGGAGCCACGAUGGGCAGUCGUUCGGCAACGCCGUCGACCUCAGCUUCAGCUUCUACUCGGACCAGAUGCAGCUGGCCGACGUGCGCGAGAGCCGCGAGAAGACGGUCGAGGCCCUGGUUCUGGGCGAGCAGAUGCGUUCGUGGGAGAUCUACAACGAGGCCUUCACACACGCCGUCGGUAAGUACGACGCCGUGAAGGAGCUCAAGUCGCCCCUAUUCGCCCAGCUCUCGCCCAGCACCGCCCAGCGCCUCGAGCGCGAGCACCUCGACCUGCUCAACCGCCAGCACAGCGUCAACACCCGUCUCGAGAACUUCGACUUCCCCGCCGUCUUUGCUGGCGUGGCCAACUCCACGUCCAACUCGGAGUUCAAGACGGUGCGCUUCAAGGCCUGGCGCGCCAGCUUCUCGAGCAUGCGCAGCUUCGUGCUCAAGCACUACAAGUCCGAGUUUGGCGGCUGGCCCCCCAAGGCCCGCAGCAAGAAGAACCCCUUCUCCGAGAGCGGGCUCAACCGCCAGGUGCUCCGCCAGCUGUAUUCGGACCUAUGUGCCCUGUACGACCUCCUCGUCGACCGCCGUGCCCUCUCGACCCGCAUCGUCGAGCAGGAAGAGACCCCUGACGCCCGCGAUCCCAAUCUCGUCGCCCUGCGGAAGCUGCUGUCCGAGUUUGACAACUCGUCGCCGCCUGUGCUGCCCGCCGUGCCCUUCGACGUGCCGACACUGCCGUCCAUGACCUCCAUCCUCGCCACGUACCACGACAUGGCGCCCAAGGAUCAGGCCCGCUUCGACAAGCGCAUCCAGAUCAACGAGCUGCUGCUCGUCAUGCAGAAGUCGUACGACUUCGACACGGGCAGCAUCCGCCUGCCCUUUCUCGACGCCUUCAAGGACUUUGAGCUCAAGGAGGCCCGCGGCAAGUCGGCCCUCGACCUGGUCGACAUUCGCAUCGGCAUCUGGAUCUUCCUAUACGUCGUCAUCCAGUCGCUGCCCAUCCUCGCCGUCGACGCCCCCGGCCUGCGCUACACAGAGGGCGUCGAGUACUUCCUGUGCCAGGCGCCCCAGGGCACCCCGCCGUGGAUGGAGGACGCCAUGGAGGUACGCAAGCGCUGGUUCGAGGCCGCCAACGGCUCAAAGGUCCAGCUCGCCGCCGACACCGUCAUGUUCUCCAUCGAGGCCGUCUAUGGCCGCUCGCACUGUUGGAUCGCCGCAAAGAACUGGGAGGCCGCCCUGCGGCGCGCCUCGACCGGUGGCCCCGGGAGCUCGGGCGACCGUAGCCCGCCCCUCCGGGUCCAGCGCGCCCCCUCGGUGGCGCCUCGGCUGCCCCCUUUCAUGUCGCCGCUCGAGCCGCCCCGGUCCGUCUUCGCGAGCAUGGACCCCCACGGGGCCUCGUCGCCUACCAUGGGCACGGGCACGCCUGGCUCUGUCGCCUCGUCCACGAGCCUGGGCACGCCCGUCACCACCCUCCGCCCGCGAAACCAGUCGCCCGCGAGCCAGCGUUCCGUAAGCGCCGGCUACCGCUCCUCCAUCGUCGGCCUCGAGCCCGUUGACCCCCCGUUCGAGCAGCCCCCGCCUCAGUCGGGCGCCUUCCCCUACCACCUCGGAGGUGCCAGCGCCAGCGGCGAGCAGCUGGCACUCCCUUCGGCACCGUACCAGCAGGGCCACAUGGCCCGCAGCCAUUCGGCCGGCAACCUCAAGCUGCUGAUCAACCCAGCUGGUGGCCCUGGAGCACCGGGCCCCAACACCGGGACGCCCGGAGGCGCCCACUCGCGCAAUAGCCCCGGCCCGUCUCACAUGCGGACGGGCAGUAAUCUGGCCCCGGCCGGAGGUGGCGGCGGCGGCGGCGGCGGCGGAAUGUCAUUUGACGACAUUCUAAAAGGCAUGGACGACCAAAAGGUUAAGAAGAAGAAGGGCUGGUUGCCUGGGAGCUGAAGGAGGCGCGUCCUCGGUUUCUUGCCUUCUUCCACGCCCAUCGGAUGCUUCAAAAUCCUGUCAGCUCAUUAUAUCUUCGCAUCCUACUUCUUUUAUCGGGGUUCCCCCUUGCGCCUUCUUGUUCUGAUCCUUCAUUUGAACUUCGCCCGGUCUUGGGGUCAUCGGGCGAGAAAUAAAAAAGUAUCUUAUCUUUUCCUCGUUUUCAUAUCUCUGUUCGAUCUGUAUCCAACGUCAAAAUAACUACAUCAGCAAAUUUGGCC